UCCAGGGAGGCAACCUGCAGACAUCACCCACCUUCCUCCCGACACCAGCCAGCCCCACGCCACCAUGUGCCACACCAGCUUCUCCUCAGGCUGCCAGGCUGCCUGUGUGCCCAGCUCCUGCCAGCCAUCCUACAGCACGUCCAGCCCCUGCCAGCCGUCCUGUCUGCCCGUGAGCUGCAGGCCAGCCGUGUAUGUGACUCCCUCCUGCCAGUCCUCUGUGCGCCUGCCUGCGAGCUGCAGGCCUGCUGCGUAUGUGCCUCUGCUCCCAGUGCAGACGGGGUCACUCCUGCGUCCCUCCCAGUACAAGUCGUCAGUGGGCCUCCAGGUUCUGCACAUGGCAGAUGAAAAAAGCCACAGUAAACCGACCUCUGAACCCGGGCAAGAACAUGGCUGGAUGAUCUGGACCCUUCUGUGAACUGCUGCAUUCCCCCCAGGAAGCCCUGGUUCCCAGGGUCCUUCUCUUCUCCAGCAGGAAACCACACCCCACACGAGCCGAAUAAACUGUGCUUUCCCCCUGCAA